GCAUCGCCACCACCCAAACCCAAGGCAAAGGCCAACAAGGGGGAAGCGCAACCGCAGGGGGAUUCCUCGUCUACUUCCCCCCGCUCCGGCAAGGAGCGACCCGCUCACUCUUCAGCUGCUCCUCCGUCUCAUCCUCAGCUCAGGAGUGGAACCAUACUUGCUGCAAAGGAUUUGAUAAUCAGUAUAUGAUUGGGGAGAGAUGAUAUUUUCCAUUAGCCUAUUUGGUUGUUCACACCAGUCCAUCCACAAACUUUACAGACAAUGCUGGUCAAGUAACUCACAUUCUACACUGAACGUGCUCUCUAUCGCAAAAACUGUUGGUCAAAGUAUGAAGAUGAAGAGGAUACAUGUCAAGCCUCAUGCCAGUGACCUGAAGAAUAGGCCCCAGGCCCAUGAGGAUAAUGUGCUCUACAAGUUGGUUUACAGGCUCCCUGAAAACCUCAGCUGGCUGUUGGCGUCACCAGAAAUGGCUGAAAGACGAGCCUCAAAGCAGAAACUAAAGAAGAAAGAAACGGUAACAAGUAACCAAUUUGGUGUGAUCUUGGAGUGGGAAGGAGUUGUUGUGGAGGAUGAUGACCAAGACUUGGAGCCUCGAGUUUGGUAUGUGUUAUCACUCGAAGAAGCAAAGUCUUUUCCUCCAGAUGCAGUGCUGAAGGAAAUUGAGGGGAUGAGGACUGAUCAGGCUAUCUUAGAAGUCCUACAUUGGUCAGAAGAUCCACAAGAAGUACAAAGGUUGGCGGCACGCAAGGAGGUAAUAUAUCAAACACUCCGUGGCGGAUUCUACCAACUGCGACCGGGUGUUCUUGAUUUCCUGAACACCCUUGUGGAUUUUGGCAUUCCCAUAGCAAUCACAACUCCUCGCCCACGGUUGAGCCUAGAAGAUGGGAUGAGAGCUGUUGGACUUCAGGGCUACUUUGAUGCUACAGUGGCAGCAGAGGAUUUCAGCCGAGGGAAACCUGAGGGGGAGAUGUUUGAGGUUGCAGCAGAGCGACUUGGUGUUGAGCCAGAUGCUUGUCUUGUGCUGGGUAACUCAAACUUGACAAUACAAUCUGCGCAUACUGCUGGGAUGAGGUGUGUGGCGGUUGCAAGCCGGCACCCUGCCUAUGAGCUCCAAGCGGCAAACCAUGUUGUGAGAUGGCUUGAUCAGCUCUCUGUUGCUGACCUGCAAAGGCUUGCCCAUGGCGAGAUCCUUGGGCGCAGGGGCAGAGUGUCUGACAUGGACAUGGAGAUUGUGAUCGAGGAGUGAUGUUUUGGCAUGCAUGGUGUGCUAGUAUAUUGCCCUAUGUGUAUAGCUCCAAUUGCAACUUAGAUGAUGCAUUGCAUUUAAACGGAUCAAGUAGUGAGACCAAUCAAGAUUAACAUUGGCCAUUAGCAUGUUAACUGCUUGGUUUCUUGUAAUGCAGAAAUGGAACUUUUGUAGCUUAGAUGCUUUCAAUCACUAGCAGAAUUGGAAGCAAAGAAACUCCCCCACCCUGUAACUCUUUUGCCUGUGUAAUAUAUAAUUUAUAUA